AUGUCACCAGCAAAUGUUACCUCUGAGAAUGAGGUGCAGACAGCUUUGACUCUAGCAAAAGAAAAGUUUGGCUGUGUGGAUGUGACUGUCAAUUGUGAAGGUAUUGCAGUGGCCAUUCAAACAUACAAUAUAAAGAAGAAACAGGCUCAUACCUUGGAGGACUUCCAGCGAGUUCUCAAUGUGAAUCUCAUAGGCACCUUUAAUGUGAUCCCUCUAGUUGCUGGUGAAAUGAGCCAGAAUGAACCAGACCAGCGAGGCCAACGUGGAGUUAUCAUCAAUACUGCCAGUGUGGCUGCCUUUGAGGGUCAGGUUGGACAAGCUGCAUACUCUGCGUCCAAAGGGGGUAUCGUGGCCAUGACACUGCCCAUUGCUCGGGAUCUAGCUCCCAUAGGCAUCCGUGUGAUGACCAUUGCUCCAGGUCUGUUUGGCACCCUACUGCUGACCACCCUUCCAGAGAAGGUGCACAACUUCUUGGCUAGCCAGGUACCCUUCCCCAGCCGACUUGGUGAUCCUGCUGAGUAUGCUCAUCUGGUACAGACUAUAAUCGAGAAUCCAUUCCUCAAUGGAGAGGUCAUCCGCCUGGAUGGGGCCAUUCAAAUGCAGCCUUAAAAUGAGAACACG